CUUGUUGAAUUUCGGGUAGAGCUUUGCUAAUGGUGGAGACUGCAGAUGGUCCUCUGGCUUCUGCAGGGCAGCUUAGGUCACCACAGGGUGCACCGCUGGUUGUCCAAGUGUGUGUGCUGCCAUUCCCUUUGGAACAUGUCCCCAGGGCAGCCCUAGAGCUGAGCCCACUAUGCUUGAAGCAAAGCGCUGCUUGCUGUCCCCUUAUGCAGGGGGACAGCAUCUCCAAGGUCCCCACACCCUGCAGAGCUACGCCAGGGCUUGGGGCCAGCACAGCUGCCAGGAGGGGAUGCGGGGGGGGCAGCCUGGCUAGAGACAUGUGGGGUAAGGCGGUCGGUGGGCUGGGAGCCCAGUGCUGGUAGCGGGGCUGGUGGUGGCCUCGUGCGCAGCGCAGGGUGGCUGCACACAGCUGUGCAGGGAUGAGAAUAGCAAGUAAGGAUCGGUAGCUAGGGAACAGUUGCCAUGGGAGCAGGCUGAGGAGGAGUUCUCACACUCGGAGGGGGCAUCUUGGGGUAAAAUCCAGGAAAUUUCUGCAGCUCUGGAAAAAAGGAAGGCAUGGCAAAGGGGGGAGGAAGCUGCACCCAUGGGAAAGGCUGGUGCUGGUGCCAAUUGGCACUGUCUGGCCUGCAGCACUCAGGCACAAAGUCCUGGGAUCACGGUUUGUUGGUGGGCACUGUGGCUGUGGCAGAGCUGGGCCACUGAGCAUCCCACAGAGCCACAAAUAUCGCACAAAAGGUGCUUGGCCUUGACCAGCGGCACCUCAGCCCUGGUGCCUGGGGGUCCCUUGUCCCCAUCUUCGUGCCCACAGAUAGGGAGCAGCAUGCAGUGUCCAUGCUGCUGCACAGCCCCUGGAAAAAGCCAGAGCCAAGAAACAAUCCCCUGCGAGCUGGGGGCCAGCAAGGGGCUGUGGGGUGCUCAGUGCCCUGCCCUGAGCCGUGGGGUGGUGGAGGCAGUGCCGAGCACGAUUUUCAGGGGUGAAGGAUGCUCUCAGCUGUUGCCUGGGCAACGGCUCCGCCUCCAGCCCACCAUGUGGCUCAGGGAGCGCUCCCCCGCCUGUCUUCCCCCCCCCUCCCCCCCCACCGCCGUGGGGAAGGCAGCUCCCGGCCCCGGUGCUGGCGAGGCCGCGGGCCCGGCUCCCAACGCGAAACCGGCGCCCGAUCCCCACCACCCAUCCUCACCCUGGCCUGACGAUGCCCUCCGCGCCCCGUGCCUUGUCCGUACCCGUGGGGAGCCUCCCAGCCCCACCGCCCCCCCCCGGCGCUGCCCUGCAUCCACCGAGCCGUGCCGCGCUGUGAGAGCCGCCGCCGGAGCCGGGUUGCAGCGAGGGUUUCCCCCAGCCCCGUCCCCGUUGACCCCCUCCCAGCAAUGGGCAGUGGCUGGGCCGGGCACCGUGCCAUCCCUGUGCCCCCCCACCUGACCCAGCCCCGCGGGCCCAUGGCGAGGACGGAGCCCUGACGGCAGGUGCCCACGGGCCAGGAGGAGACAGUGGUGGGCACGGCAUGGGGAGGCCAUCAGCCGCCUUGAGCGCAUCGUCCCUACCGCCACCCUGAGCACCCCUAACCCAACCCCGAGGGCAGGGAGAGGCGGGGGCCUCCCGCACGGGCCGGCGGCAAAGAUGGUGAUGUCCCAGGGCACCUACACCUUCCUCACCUGCUUCGCCGGCUUCUGGCUCAUCUGGGGGCUCAUCGUGCUGCUGUGCUGCUUCUGCAGCUACCUGCGGAGGCGCGUCAAGCGGCAGCAGGAGGAGCGGCUGCGGGAGCAGAGCCUGCGUGCACUGGAGCUGGAGCCGCUGCACUACGAGGGCUAUGGGGGCAGCCCCCCCGGCAUGGCCGUCCCCCACCGCGUGCGCCUGGAGCCCCACCACCACCACCACCACCACCACCACCCCCACAUCCCACCCCCCCGGCCCUGGAGCUGCCGGCACGGUAAGGAGCGGCCGCGGAGCGCGCGUCCCCCCCAGUGGGGAGCACGACGGUACGGGGGCCACGCUGACGCCGAGGGGGGGCUUUGCCCGGCAGAGUCAGACCUGUCGAAGCCGCCGUGCUAUGAAGAGGCGCUGCUGAUGGCCGAGCCCCCCCCACCCUACAGCGAGGUGCUGAUGGACACGCGUGGGCUCUAUCGCAAGAUCAAUGCGCCCUUCCUGAGCCACGAGCGGCUGGAGAAGCAGGAGCAGCCCCCCAGCUAUAAACCCCUCUUCCUGGACACCGGCUACGGCUCUGCGCUGCACCUGCCCCGCUCAGCCAGCCCCGGGCCAGCCUGCCCGGACCUCUACCUGCAGGCAGAGUGCUCCCCGCGCAUGUUCCCCAGCUGGACGGACUCAGAGCUCAGCAGCAGGGACACCUUUGAGCCGGGGCCGUGGCACCUCCCGGUCUCCAUGCCCCUGUUCGGCAGGACUACGGCUGUCUAAGGGAGGGGCAGCAGCCACCCAAGGGUCCCCCUCCGGUAUGGGGGCACUCAGCUGCCCUCCUUGGGUACCCCAUCCCCGGCGCGGGCCAUCGCCGCCAGCGCGGAAGGGGCUGGUUCCCCCUCUCGCCCCCACCUGUCAUCCCCUGCUGGCACCCCCGCAGCCGGGGGGGCUUGGAGCCGGGCUCGGACUCUGCUCUGUUUCUUAUUUUGUUUGUUACAGUUUGAGAAUAAAAGUUUGUGGAUCCGGCUCGCCUCGGAUCCAUCG